AUGAAUGCGAAAUAUGGUGCAACUAUUGUGAACGAAACACCGGCAAACGUGGAAAAAUUAAUUUGUAACGACAAUGAAAUUGAAAUAAGUAUUCCAUUUAAGCGGCGUCGCUGGUGGAAAAUCAGUCAAAAGUUCAUAUAUGGGUUAGGUCAUGUGUACAACGACCUAUGUGCGGCCAUGUGGUUCUCUUACAUGAUGCUAUACUUUCAAGCAGUGUUACAAAUGAGGGCAGCUGUUGCCGGAGCUAUGCUGCUACUGGGACAAGUCGUUGACGCGCUUGCAACUCCCAUAGUUGGAAUACUUGCCGACAAAUAUAGCACGAAAAAAAUUUGGCAUUUAGUAGGUUGUAUUUUAGUUACUGGUACUUUCCCAUUACUUUUUGUGAGAUGCUGGGGCUGCUACCCAAAUGAAAACUUUGACUAUCUCUCGUGGUGGAUGCCACUAUACUAUGCAUUUCUUAUAGUUGUCUUCCAAAUAGGAUGGGCUACAGUUCAAAUUUCUCACUUAGCGAUAAUACCAUCGAUUUCGGAUUCCCCACAAGUUCGUUCCGAAUUAACUUCAAUUAGAUACAUGGCGUCAGUUUUAUCAAGCCUGACUGUUUAUUUAAUCACGUGGAUUGUAUUAAAAGCUUCGAACUAUAGUAAUUUUAUUGGUCCUACGGAUGAUUACAAGUUCCGGGAUGUUUCGUUGAUAAUAACUGGUAUUGGAAUUACUACGUUUACAAUAUUUCACAUCUCUUUCACAAACCGACUGGCAAGAAUUCAGACAAGCUCCAACGAAAUUUUCAGCAAUGGAAAACAACAGAAUUUUGAAGAAGAAGACGAAGCAGCUGCAUCGAAAAUAUUACACUUUUUGCAAAUGCCAUUGUUAUAUCAAACAAGCCUGUUAUACGUUUUUUCACGACUGUAUUGGGCUUUAAGUCUUGUCUACGUUCCAUUAUUUCUUGAAGAGCGCCUAUCAGUAAAUCAAAAUGAAGGAUCGGAAAUGGUGGCCAGUGUUCCACUUGUGGUUUAUAUAUCCUCCCUCUUCUUUUCAUUUUUGCUAAAGAGCAAAAUCCAAAGCUGUGGCAAUAAGGUGGCCUAUUUCGUGGGGAGCUUAUUAAGCUUAAUAAGCUGCCUCUGGAUUGCUCUGGCGAUACAUCCGCAGGCAAGCGUAGUACAAAUAUAUUUGGUUGCGACGUUGAUAGGCGCUGGCAGUUCUAUCACGCUUGUAUCGAGUUUGUGUGUCACGGCUGACUUGAUAGGACCCCACUCACAUCAAGGUGCAUCGGUGUAUUCGAUUGUUACUUUUGCCGAUAAACUAGUCACUGGAAUCGCAGUAGUCGCCAUUGAAAAUUACAAAUGCGACGAUGUCCUUGCCUGCCCACAAUACUAUAGAGGAGUUCUAACUUACGCUUGCGGAGGAAGUGCAGUCCUUGGAAUUUUGUCUCUGUCUGUCACUAUUUUUACCUCAAAAAAUAAACCUCGAACAUGA